AUGAUGAGUAAUGGACACGUUAAAUUUGAUGCGGAUGAAGGUGCAGCCAGCGCAAGUGCUGUCACAGAUAGACAAGAUGAUAUGCUGGUAAUAUCAAAAAAGAACAAGGAAGCGCAUCUAAGUAGUGAUGAGGAAAGCGAUGACGAUGAUGCUCCACAAGAAGAAGGACUCCACUCUGGAAAAACUGAGGCAGAAUCACAGAUUAUUCAGAGGGAAGAAGCUAUAAGGCUAGAACAGUCACAACUACGGUCCAAGAGAAGGAAGCAAAAUGAAUUAUAUUCCAAGCAGAAAAAAUUAGUGAAUGGAGCAGAGGCCACUGAUGAGAUAAUUGCUGAGCUUCCUAAAGAGUUGCUAGAGAAUAUAGAUCAGAAGGAUGAAGGUAGUGUGCACAGUCCAUCUUCAAGACAUGUAACCUUUGAUGAAUUGGAUGAGUCAGACGAAGAUGAAGAUGAAGAGACAUUGGCCAAAGUCAUAAAGGCUAAAAAACGGAAAACACUAAAAAAUCUAAGAAAAGACUCGGUGAAAAGGGGAAAAUUUAAAAUUCAACUAUUAUCCACCACACAAGAUUCUAAAACAUUGCCGCCAAAGAAAGAAUCGUCCAUCAUACGUUCAAGAGAUCGUUGGUUAAAUAGAAAGACUUUGAAUAAAGGGUAA